AUGCCUGCCCAUGAUGAUUUUGAGUCAGACAAGGACCUUCCUCUCGAGUCAGGUGGAAGCUUGUGGACAAUCGGCACAUUUGCUAGGAAGUCCGAGGCAUGUCAAUGUGAUACAGAGUCGUGGACAACCAAGUUCGAAGAAGACUUGCAAUACACAAGUCGGGUUACUUUCCAACCUCAUUCUUAUUACGGUGGACCACCGUCAAACAAGACAGAUGAGAUAUGGAAGCGACUCUCUCCUCCUGGUGAUGGCAUCGUGGAACUUCCAAUUGCAGCGGCAAAGAACCUUCCAGAGUCCCUGCCCGCCCCAAAUAAUCCUGAAACUGCGUUGAUCUACGGUGUGUCGGUCUUUCACCAGUUACACUGCCUGAACUUCUUACGAUUUGCCUAUUACCCUUCAUCUCUGAAAGACAUGGACGAGGAAGAAGUCGUCUUCCACCGGGAUCACUGCCUUGACUACAUCCGACAAGUUCUUAUGUGCCAUGCAGAUCCUACGUUCGAGCCAAUGAGCGAAGUGGGAAUCAAUGGAAUGGGAGCUACCCAUCAGUGUCGUGAUUUCAAUAAGAUCUUUUCUUGGGCGUAUGAUCAUCGCUCAAAUAAAGUACGUGGGUCGGGAUAUACCGGCGGAAGACUUACGCAUACGCCUGCGGACCUGAAUCAUUUCGAUGAGGGGCCACAUGCUGGACAUGGCCAUUGA